AUGAACAAAUAUUGUUUGAGCGCAUGUCAAUGCCACGAGGAAUAUUUUGGUGGAUGUUUGAACAGCCGGAAUUUACUUGAAAGCGAUAGCGAUGAAUCAGAUGGUGGAACGGUAAGCUUAUAAUUUGCUUUGUGCUGUUUAUGAUAUUGUGCUUUGUGCUGUUUACCUCUAUAUACUGUAUAAAAUAAAUACGAAAUGCGAUAUGCAAUUUGCUCAUUGCCGAAUCAGUCCGAGUCAAGUGUCGAUUGUGUUUUAUAGCAUUACAAUUUUAAUUGCUUCGAUAAUAGAAUGCAUAUCAGAAUUAUAGAAAUAGUGAAAUAAGCCUGUUGUUCUGAGACACACGUCAAAAAACACAACGGCGACAACGCUAGCAAGUAAAUAUGCUAGCAAGUCCACAAAUGUAUUAAAUACAGUAUAUUCAUUUAUAUAAAGUAUAGUGCUUUAUUGAGAUUUCGAGAUUAUUUACGAUCAUUUCACAUGUGAAAAUUAUCGCUUUUCAAUAUCGCUUUUAUACAAUAAACAGAAAAAUACAUGGAUGCUUGGAAAUGCCAAAUUUAUUUCUCGUGUUGAACAUGAUAUCUCACUCGUUCGCAGCGCUCACUCUUGAGAUAAUAAUCAUGUUCAACACUCGAAAUAAAUCUGGUAUUUCCGCACACUACAAUAUGUAUUAUUGUCUAUAUAAUUUUUAUAGCCCAUUAAUGGUAAUAGGGUAAAUGUUUGCAUUCCUGACAUACAGGAUCCUCUAAAUUUUAUGUCUAGUAAGUUUUUAGUAUUAAUUAUUACAUCACUAUUUUUUCUAUUUAUACAUAGUACUCAGACUUCUCUUUACAAGGAGAAAGAGAGGACCCUUCUGAUGAGGAAGGUGACAUAACGGGAGAGGCGAUCGCCACAGACAAAGACGCAGGGGACACAGCAGGGAGUGAGGCAGGAGGUAACGUGGCAGGAGACAAGCAAGGGAGCCGAGCUGGAGGAAGAGGCCGUAGGGGUGGCAGAGGAGGGGACGUGGCAGAGGACGUGGUAGGGGAAGUGGCCAAACGAAGAAAAGGGGACGAGGCAGGGGUCAAGCUGGAGGUAGUAGUUCCAGACAAAGUACAAGAGGACAGGACCAACUUCAAUCUGAACCAAAUGCUCAAGAAAAUCAGGCCAAUCAUCAAGAACAAUUAGUGGUAAGAUACCAUAAACCUCUGAAAAUAAGCCCCUAACAUCUCACAAAAAUACUCACAAAAAUGCUACAUACUGUACAGUAUAACAACCCAUGGAUACUAUUUGUCACUCUUACAGAUUAUUGGAUAAUAUCCAGUGAGAUAUUACCACAUAUGCCCUAUUGUUCACACAAGGGCACAAUACACUGAAAACAUACAUGCAUGGGCAAAAUAGCCUUGUUUACAAUUAGGUUUAAAUGCCAACUUCACUUAUGGAGUAUGUUCAUGUAAAGUAUUUGCUCUUACAGUGCUAUUUAUUUAUACAUGCACAAGUCUUCAUCAGUGUUUGGUCUAGUAAUAGGACACCCCAAGUGCAAUAUUAUAUGUUACCUCACACAAUUAUCCUAUGUUGUAGAAUCUUGUUGAUGGUUUAAGCGUGGAGCAAUUGAGAACAUUGGCUUUAGAGCUGCUACGAAGACAGCCGGCUGCCUUUGCUGACAUUGUGAGUGGAGAGAUUCCUGCUGGGGAUGGAUUAGAGCCACCAAACCCCCCUCCUGAUGAUGAAAAUGUGCCAGAGUGGUGUAAGUGUGGGCAUUGUGUUGCAAUGCCAACACAAGAAGAAAAUAAGUGCUGCACAAGAUCCAGGCGAGAAUGCAUCACAACAAAAACACUGUUUCCACAGAUUGUUUUGGACGCCAAUAUAUUGGACAUUGCUAUGCGGUAUAGGGAAGAUAUGCUGGUUCUCGAGAACACUCGGAACAAUGAAAAUUUCCGUCAUGCUGCAUACAGGCAGUUUGUCCUUUGGCAACAUGGGCAUUUAGGCAAAGGAAACAGAAGGGUUGUACCUAGCUGUUGUGUAAAAGCCAUCCAGGCUUGUUACCCCUCUCCUAAUGGAGUUUAUACUGGGUAUAGACCUGCCAGGUUGUGA